AUGACUUCAAAAAACCCAAAGCCGCAGUCCGUGCUUCAAAGGAUUAAGUCGGCUACCACUUCACUAGGAAAUACAGUGAUAGACUACUCAUCGCCAGAGUUUGACAAUGACUGGCAGAGAUCCAGACAAAAGCUUCAGCCUUUGCUAUCAGCAGAGCAGUUUGAGAGACCCACUGGCUUGGACUUGCAUCGAACUGGCUCUCAAUUUCUGCAAUCAAACUUGAACUUAGAAAGAAAGACCACCUCCCGCCGAAAUAGCACCACCCCUUCACGAACAAUUCUGAGAACUAGUAGUAGCAGCCAAACUAUUAAGCAGAAUAUACUGGAUGAACAACCGAAUGAAAAUAACAAUGAUAAUCAUGACUGUACCAGUAGUGAUACCACCCACAGUGGAUCUAAUUUGGAACCCACUGAUACUAUUGCAUCGUUCCUUUCCGAUCAGUCCGAUGCGUUGAAUUUCCCAGACUCUGGUACUCAACCUGGUAGGCAAAUGAUAGCAUUGAAGCACAUUAUAAAUGUGCCGUUGUCUACGUUGACAACAUUAACCAUCAAGCCAGGAGAACCGUACUUUUUGCUAUGGUAUUUCAUAUCUUCUUACUUCCCGUUGAUAACUGCAUGCUUGGGCCCUGUUGCCAAUAUGAUCUCUUUUAUAGGGCUCAUUCAGCAUUGGAGAAUGAUCGUAGAGUCGGGAGAGACAAUAAAUGACGAUGGAUACCUCCUUGCGUUAAAUAUCAUGCUGUUUUUCUUUGGAUUAUUGGGGAAUGUGUCGUUAUUGAUGAAUUUUUCCGGAAGAGUACGAUAUCUAGUUACUCAGUCAGUUUCCAUUUCUUGUUGGUGUACGGCUUGUGCGUUGAUUGUAAUAGAUGUCGCUAUAACGAAAGUACGAUAUUUCAAUGGUCCAGUUAAGAUUGCCAAGCAUGAUGACCCAAUCCAUUUCAGCCCAACUGAGGGAUAUUGGUUUGCAGUUUUCACUGCAGGUCUUUAUUUCUUUUGUAUGUUGAUACUUUCCGUGAAUUUUCUAGGAUAUAGAUUAAGGAAGUAUCCACCUACUUUCAACCUCGGACCCAAGCAGAGAUCACUUAUGAUUUUCACUAUUUGUCUUGCGAUCUGGCUUUUAAUAGGAGGAGUGGUGUUUGCCCACAUGAUUCCAGAUUUAACGUAUGGGUCAUCUUUGUACUUCUGUACAGUAUCUGUUUUGACUAUUGGCUUAGGAGAUAUUCUUCCAAAGUCGGCUGGCGCCAAAGUUUUGGUAUUAUGCUUUUCAUUGAUUGGUGUUUUGAUUAUGGGUCUUAUCAUUACUAUGAUCAGGCAAGUUGUGAUUGCUGCUGGGGGUCCUACUAUAUUUUGGCAUCAAAUUGAAAGAGAUAGACUGAGAGUCUUAUCAAGUUUGAAUAAUAGUACGACAAAUAAUAAUAAUGAUGAAGAUAUUACUCCAGAGAUCGCUUUCCAUAAAAUGAGAAAGAUCAGAAGAGAUGCCAAAAUUAGACAGGGGAAUUUUUCUUUGAUAUUGACUAUAUUGAAUUUCAUGGUGUUCUGGCUAGCAGGAGCCACUGUGUUCUACUUUGCAGAAGGUUGGAGUUACUUUAAUGCCGUUUACUUUUGCUUCCUUUGCUUGAUAACAAUUGGAUAUGGGGAUUAUGCCCCCAAAUCAUAUAUAGGAAGAGCCUUUUUUGUUUGCUGGGGAAUUGGCGCUAUUCCACUAAUGACUAUCUUGAUAUCCAAUGUUGGAGAUAAGUUAUAUGAUGUUGCGAACAGAUUAAGUUACUUUAUGGCAAAAUGGUUCUUCCCCGAUUACUAUAGAUAUUUAAUUCAAAGGAGGCAAGAAAGAGUUCAGAAGAGGAAGGAAAAAUGGGAAGAGAAAAGAAGGCAAAAGCAAAAUAGAGACACAGGUAUUGCUGAUACGAGCGGAAGUAAGGAUGCAAAUGAAAGCAUCGUUUCCGAUGACAAUGCAGACGAUGAGCUGUCUAUCUCAUCAUUGGAAGAAGAGGAAGAAGAUGAAGAUAACUAUGAAGAUGGUGACAAAAUGGAAGAAGUUGUCAGCGAAAUGGACAACACUGAAAACUUAGAUCAACUUGAAAAUAUGCUUCAAACGGAGGAUAGAGAAAAGGGAAUUACUGAAAGUAGAAAGAAGGAAGUUCUACGGGACUUGAAGCAGAAAGUAAACAGUUUACGAGCCAGGAGUGGUAAAAUAGUAGGAACUGAUCCUGAAAGACAGGUUCAGGGCUAUGAAAAGGUUGCCAGUCGAGAAAAAGACAGAUCACAUAGAGAAGAUAUUAUGGAACCUGACAUUGAAGCUAAUUCGGAGAAAGGAGUCGAUGACCCAGAUCUUAUGCAUGAUGAUGAAAAUGUUGCGGAUGAUGAAGGGGAUUUAGCUUCAGCAAGUUCAUCAAAGAAUGCCGGCCCUGGUCAUAUAGCUUUCAACGACCUCCCGACGCCACCUCCUCAUGGGUAUCAUGAAAGCAUAUAUACUAGUAAGCAUUCCAAUGGGGUAGCAAGAUUUGCAAACGGAAAUGAUAAUGACAAUUUCAGAGAACAAAUGCAGAAUGGAAUUACAAAACUCAAACAGGACUUUGAGAGAAUCCAGAAUUACUUGGAUUGUCUCAGACCUUUGAUUUCGGAUUCCAUUGACCAACCCAGUAAAAGAUACACCCAUGAACAAUGGGAAACAUUUUUGGGAACCUUACACUCUGCAGAUGAAACUAGUUCUAAUCCGAUGAGCUCAGAUUUGUACUGGUUGAGCGAAAGUUCACCGCUUAGAUUGCCGUUGAACGAACCAAAUUAUUUGAUGAUGAAAUUUGUUUUAAGAAUGGAUGCAAAGAUAACGGGAUCUAUACACGAUGAGAUCAAGGAUAUGGAGAGGAUGGUAAGGGAAGCGAAAAGUGUACAGUUACUGCGACCACCGAGACAGGAGAACUGA